AUAGAUUAUUUUCGCUAAUGGUAAUUCUGAUUGCUGUCAAGAUGUCCGACGUCUGUGGUUUACCUUUCUGACAAAAGAAAAUUUAUUAAUUUAACCAGAAAGUGUGCCUUUGUAAUAUCCUCUGCUUUUGUAUGUAAUUGCGGUGCAUAACCCAAAUUAAUUUCCAAGAAUGGUGAAGAAAAAGAGACAGAGUGAUCCGACCGAGAACGAUGAUGAAUCCACGGAAUCUUGCGAUGAAUCCGCAAAAUCCGCAUGCCCUCACGUUGCGAAAGCUGUUGACGUUUCAAAGUUGAAAAGGGCUCUUAAAACUGGUGGUUUUGAGAAGGAAUGUUCCGAGUGCAAAAAGAAUCCGAAAACGGAAAUCGAUGAUCCGAAUUUCGAAAUAGAUUUAACACUAUGGAUGUGCUUACGAUGCGGCACCCAAUUAUGUGGUCGUGCUCGGAAUAAGCACGCUCUUAACCAUUUCAACACACCUCACUCAGACUGCCACGCUCUCACCGCCAACACCACCACAUGGGAAGUAUAUUGCUAUAAUUGUAAUAAUGAAGUAACCACAGCUAGCUCUAAGAAACUCCACGAGUGUAUUGAAUACCUUAAGAAACAAGCUAAUGGCAAUCCUAGAUUGCCUCCCAUAGAACUGUUCCUUGACUGUCCAGUACAGAAUAAUGCAGAUGCACCGGUCACAGAGACUAUAGUUAAAACUGAUAAGGGUAAAGAUAAUGCAAUGGCUUUAAACUUGCCCAGGGUGAGGGGAUUGACAAAUCUUGGAAAUACAUGCUUUUUCAACUCUGUGAUGCAGUGUCUGGUGCAGACACCAUAUCUCUUGGAUGUUUUGCAAGAGAUGGCUGCACCAGGAGAGAGGUUCACUCUGCCUGGAGGAAAGUUGAAGCUGAAAGGAGAUAGUGGGGGUGAUGGCAAGGAUGUAGACUUGCCACCUAUAACAGGUCAGCUCGGAGAAUGGGGCCCCUUGACAAGGACAUUAGCUGAAACCUUAGCAGAAUUGCAGACAGGAGAAGGUGGUGUGUACACUCCACGCAAGCUGCUCUCGGCUCUAGUCAACAAACUGCCGCAGUUCGGUGGGGGGGACCAGCAUGACUCGCAUGAACUAUUGCGCCAUUUGCUUGAAGCUGUCAGAUCUGAAGACCUGCGCCGCUACCAGUCAGUUAUACUGAGCAGCCUCGGCAUGAACUCCAGAGUGGAUCCCGCCAAAGUUGAUGGAGAGGUGCGGCAGAAGGUCAAGUUCUAUGGACAGCAAGCUUCUGACACUAUGCUCAGACCGGAACAGGUGUUCCGUGGUUUCCUGGUCUCAACUUUAGAAUGCCAAGAGUGUUACCAGCAGUCUGACAGAGUGGAGUAUUUUCUGGAUCUCUCGUUGCCAGUGGCUGCAUCUCGGCCCCAGCCUCCGGCACUCACUCGGAGACGAGCUAAUGAGGACAAUUUAUAUAACGCCCAAGAGGAGAAUAAACCAUCAAAACAUCAGCUCAAGAAAGAAAGGUUGGCUGCGAGAAAGGCUGCUAGAAAGAAAGGUACUAAAGAUAAGGGAACAGAUGCAAACGGCAAAGACAACCGUAAGUCAUUCUCUGACCAAUCGGAUGCUGAUGAUGAGGACGAUCUCGAGGAUUUGCCCAAAGCGAAUGCACACGCGUCCACGGCCACGCCGCCUCUCCCACACACAGCUGCCAACUUCGCAGCUUACCACAUGGAGUCCGGGUAUAACUCAGAAAAAGUCAUCAGCUCAGACUCCAUCCGGACCAGCCCGGUCGAUUUGGACAAGGAGAAAACUGAUAAUACUCCAGAAUCAACGGACAAGGACAAGGAGUUCGCUGAAGUUGCGACAUCGACGCUACCCAUCCCAUUAGAUUAUAAACCACUUGUGCCCUUAGAAAAUUUCUCCAACCCAGACUCAGGGGUCGCCAGCCCAGACGCAACUAAACACAACUCGACUGAAACUGUCGAUAACGUCGACUCACCGAUAAACGGGAAGGAAAUGGGCAGCCAUAGCUCACUUUCCAGUGAAAUAAACCUCGACCUGUCUAGUCCACAACACAAGUUGUCGCCAGUGAAGAAUGAGUAUGAACGGCCGGUUUCUAGGAUAUCCUUCGCUCCAGAAUAUUCGAAUGAGGUUGUCUCGCGCGGCAUCAGCACGCAAGCGUGCAGAGAUCUGCUAGAACACAAUUGGGAGUUCAAUUCGCUCAGUCCCCAAGAUACAGUGAACGAUAUUAAUAACCAAGAAGUUAGCAAUAAGCUGGAUAAACUCAUACUGGAUAUGGAUGAAGUCAAACCGAAACCUACCUUCCCCUCUCCAGUAUCCACGGAGAACAAUAUUGACGCACCGCCCACAGUGCCUCGAGCGAAAGUCUAUAAUGAACCCGAAAGAAGUGCCACGCGAGAUUUCAUGUCUUUCCCGCGGCAGAGUCCUCUGUCGCCUAGGUAUGUGUGCGAUGAAGACGAAUGCAGUAUUCAGUCAUGUCUCAGCCAAUUUACGGCUUUGGAACUUCUCACUGAUAAUAACAAGGUCGGCUGUGAAACUUGCACGGAGAGAGCCAAUGGAAAAAACGGGAAGACAGUGUAUACGAAUGCGUCCAAACGCUUCCUCGUGUCGAGCCCGCCCGCAAUACUCAUCUUACACUUGAAGAGAUUCCAACUUGGGCCGCGCUGUAUGCUCAGAAAGAUGUCCAAGCAUGUGGACUUCCCUACUAUUUUAGAUUUAGCCCCAUUCUGCGCUAUGGAUAAGCUAAAGAAGCUGCCCAACGUUACUCGCGGGCAGAACGAACUACUUUACUCCUUAUAUGGAGUUGUGGAACAUUCUGGUGGCAUGCACGGUGGACAUUACGUCGCGUACGUUAAAGUCCGCCAGGCGGUGAAACGAGGCGAUCCCAAAUGGUGGUUCCUGCCAAAGAGCGCUAACAUCCCAGCAUCUGGGAGCGGGGAUGGCGAUGGCGACUCGGAGUCUGAUCUAUCCGGAUACGAAUCGGGGGAAGGGCCCACUCCUUGCGCGGAAGCCCCCCCCGGACGGUGGUUCUACGUGUCCGACAGCAUGGUGUCUGAAGUCACCGAAGAGAAAGUGUUACGGGCUCAGGCGUAUCUUCUCUUCUACGAGAGAAUCUUAUAAUUACCCCUGACGGCCUAACGGUUUCGGUUCGUAAGGAAUGGCAUUUAAGUGGAAGACUGACGCUUGUAGAGUCGGAAUACGUAGGAUGCGUGAUGUGUUAAGUUUUAACAACGUUCUGUAUAUAGCUUCCAAUGGCUUCUCAUCGGUGUGUACCGUUUUAUUGCGUUGUCUUAAAACCUAUCAUAGAU